AUGAGUCGCAGCCCGCCUCGGCGACACGGCUCCCCGGGCACUGGCGCCAGGAGGAAUGACAGCCAGGACUACCUGCUGAUGGACUCGGAGGCGGCCGAGGAGAACUGCAUGGCAUCCUACGCGUACUACCCCGGUAGAGGAGUGGAGAACAGGCAUGCCCUCCGACAGCAGACGGUUGUUCGAGAGAAGGGCCGGAGGCUUGCAAAUCGAGGUCCAGCAUAUAUGUUUAAUGACCACUCAACCAGCCUUUCCUUUGAAGAGGAACGUUUUUUGGAAGCAGCGGAGUAUGGCAAUAUUCCCGUUAUCCGUAAAAUGCUGGAGGAGUGUCCCUCACUCAAUGUGAACUGUGUGGACUACAUGGGGCAGAAUGCACUGCAGCUGGCUGUAGCGAACGAGCACCUGGAAAUCACGGAAAUUUUGCUGAGGAAGGAGAACCUGUCUCGUGUCGGGGAUGCUCUGCUCCUAGCCAUUAGCAAAGGUUAUGUCCGGAUAGUGGAGGCCAUCUUGAGUCACCCUGCAUUUGCCGAAGGCAAGAGGCUGGCCACAAGUCCCAGCCAAUCAGAGCUACAGCAUGACGACUUCUACGCCUAUGAUGAGGAUGGAACUCGCUUCUCUCAUGAUGUGACGCCAAUCAUCCUGGCCGCUCACUGCCACGAGUACGAAAUUGUGCACACCCUGCUGCGAAAGGGAGCGCGUAUCGAGCGGCCUCAUGACUACUUCUGCAAAUGCAGUGAAUGCAAUAAGAAGCAAAAGCAUGACUCUUUCAGCCAUUCCAGGUCCAGGAUCAAUGCCUACAAAGGCCUGGCCAGCCCAGCCUACUUGUCUUUGUCUAGUGAGGACCCGGUAAUGACUGCCUUAGAACUGAGCAAUGAGCUGGCUGUGCUUGCUAACAUUGAAAAAGAAUUCAAGAAUGAUUACAAAAAACUGUCAAUGCAGUGCAAAGACUUUGUGGUUGGACUUCUCGAUUUGUGCAGAAACACAGAAGAAGUGGAAGCUAUUCUGAACGGAGACGUUGAGCUGAACCAUGGAGAGCACGGACGUCCAAGCCUCAGCCGCUUAAAGCUCGCCAUAAAGUAUGAAGUCAAAAAAUUUGUAGCACAUCCCAACUGCCAGCAACAGCUCCUCUCUAUCUGGUAUGAGAAUCUGUCAGGUUUAAGGCAGCAGACCAUGGCGGUGAAGUUUCUGGUGGUUCUUGCCGUUGCUGUUGGGUUGCCAUUCCUGGCGGUGGCCUACUGGAUUGCUCCAUGCAGUAAGUUGGGUAAAAUACUGCGUGGACCCUUUAUGAAAUUCGUGGCACAUGCUGCUUCUUUCACCAUUUUUCUUGGGCUUCUGGUUAUGAAUGCAGCAGACAGAUUUGAUGGCACCAAGCUGAAGCCUAAUGAAACCAAAACAGAUGGUGCGAAACAGCUGUUCAGGAUGAAAACAUCGUGCUUCUCCUGGAUGGAGUUGCUUAUUAUCUCAUGGGUAAUAGGUAUGAUAUGGUCUGAAUGCAAAGAAAUUUGGUCUCAAGGUCCCAAGGAAUACCUGUUCGAGUUGUGGAAUAUGCUAGAUUUUGGUAUGUUAGCUAUUUUUGCAGCUUCGUUCAUUGCAAGGUUUAUGGCAUUUUGGCACGCUUCCAGAGCCCAAAACAUAGUGGAUGCCACAGUGAAUAUGGACAUGUCUCCUGAGACACUGGAUCCCAGCAUAAAGUACUACACUUUGGCAAGAAUAGACUGGGAUCCAUCUGACCCCCAAAUUAUAUCCGAAGGCUUGUAUGCAAUUGCUGUGGUUCUAAGUUUCUCAAGGAUCGCCUACAUCCUGCCAGCCAAUGAAAGCUUUGGACCACUACAAAUAUCACUUGGCAGAACUGUGAAAGACAUAUUCAAGUUCAUGGUCAUAUUUAUCAUGGUUUUUGUGGCCUUCAUGAUUGGGAUGUUUAAUCUCUACUCCUACUACCUGGGAGCAAAACAGAAUGAAGCAUUCACUACAGUGGAAGAAAGCUUCAAGACUUUGUUCUGGGCAAUAUUUGGACUCUCAGAAGUAAAAUCCGUUGUCAUAAAUUAUAAGCACAAAUUCAUUGAAAACAUUGGCUAUGUCCUCUACGGCGUUUAUAAUGUCACCAUGGUUAUUGUUCUGUUGAACAUGCUUAUUGCAAUGAUCAAUAGUUCUUUCCAAGAGAUUGAGGAUGAUGCUGAUGUGGAAUGGAAGUUUGCAAGAGCAAGACUGUGGUUCUCCUAUUUUGAGGAGGGCAGAACACUUCCAGUACCUUUCAAUCUAGUGCCUAGCCCCAAAUCCCUACUUUACCUCUCACUCAGAAUAAAAAAGUGGAUCUCUAAAGUGUUGCUUUGCCAUAAGAAAGGUUUUCAGGAAGAUGCAGAGAUGAAUCAGAUAAGUCAAAGAAAACAAUCAAGUAUCAGAAGCAGAGAUGACUUCAACUUAAACAGCUUAAGCAAUCCACAAAGGAAAUAUCAGAAAAUUAUGAAACGUCUUAUUAAACGAUAUGUAUUGAAAGCUCAAGUGGACAAGGAGAGUGAUGAAGUCAAUGAAGGUGAGCUGAAAGAAAUUAAACAGGACAUCUCAAGUCUCCGCUAUGAGCUCCUUGAAGAAAAAUCACAGAACACAGAAGACCUGGCAGAACUCAUCAGGAAACUUGGAGAGAAGCUGUGUAUUGAGCCAAAACAGGAACAAAGUAACAGAUAACAUGAACUUCUUUCUGAAAAGAAAAGAACUCUUUUAAGCUGGCAGUACAAGGAAAGCCAUAUCCAUCUUAUCUUUCUUCUUCUCCAAACAUAAUUGACACUUUUACAGUGGAUACAGAAGGAGACACAUCUUGAACUGAUCUUUUUUUGAUUUGCAAUUGGGGAAACCAGCAUCUGAACAGAGUUAUUGAAUCCUGUCCACUGAGGAACACUUCGAGCAUUUUUAAUAAUCUUAAAA